CGCGCCCGGUAGCGCCCCGGGGGCCGAGCAUCAGCCGGCGGCGCUGCAGCAGGUUGUGGCUUGCUAGGCGAUGCGUCGCCACAGUUCCAAGAGUGGAGUCGCUCUGCCUCCAGUGGGCCAAGGUCCUGAGGCUUGUCAGAUGCUCACUCGAGCUCAGCUCGGCCAGGAUCCCCCGCAGAGAACCGUGCUAGGGGUGUUGACUGAAAAUAAGCAGUACAGGAGGACCUGUGGCCAGGAGAUCACAACAAUCAGAUGUUUUUCUGGAUCAGAAAAUGUCUUCCCUGGGGCUGGAAAGAAAGUGCUCCCUGACCAUGGGGUCAAUGAGCCAGCCAAGCAUGGAUUUGAUAUCUACAUGGAUGAGCCUGAACAGGGGGACAGCUGCCCAGCGAGAGAGGGGAUAGUAUUUGAAGAUGUGUAUGAAGUAGACACAAGCAUGCUCAAGUCAGACCUCCACUUCCUGCUGGAUUUCAACACAGUUUCUCCAAUGCUGGUCGACUCCAAUGCCCAUGCCCAGUCAGAGGAAGCGACAGAUUUUGGCUCAGAUGUGAUUAAUGUCACGGAAUAUGCUGAAGAGAUUCAUCGUUAUCUGCGAGAAGCUGAAGUAAGACACAGACCCAAGGCUCACUACAUGAGGAAGCAGCCGGACAUCACGGAGGGCAUGCGCGCCAUCCUGGUGGACUGGCUGGUGGAGGUCGGGGAAGAGUAUAAACUUCGCACAGAGACCCUGUACUUGGCUGUCAACUUCCUGGACAGGUUUCUUUCCUGCAUGUCUGUUCUGAGAGGGAAAUUGCAGCUUGUCGGGACAGCAGCUGUUCUCCUGGCUUCGAAAUAUGAAGAGAUAUACCCGCCCGACGUGGACGAGUUUGUCUACAUCACUGAUGACACAUACACAAAGCGACAGCUCCUGAGGAUGGAGCAUCUGCUACUGAAGGUUCUAGCAUUUGACUUGACUGUUCCCACUACCAACCAGUUCCUCCUUCAGUACUUAAGGCGGCAAGGAGUGUGCAUCAGAACUGAGAACCUGGCCAAGUAUGUUGCAGAACUGAGCCUUCUCGAAGCCGAUCCAUUCUUGAAAUAUCUUCCUUCAUUGGUAGCUGCAGCAGCUUACUGCCUGGCAAACUAUAUUGUGAACAGGCACUUCUGGCCAGAAACCCUUGCCGCAUUUACGGGCUACUCCUUAAGUGAGAUCGUGCCUUGCCUGAGUGAGCUGCAUAAAGCAUGCCUCAGUGUACCCCAUCGUCCUCAGCAAGCCAUCAGGGAGAAGUACAAGACUUCAAAGCUGGAAAAACGAGAUUGCUCACUAAAUCAAGAAAGGGAAUUUAGGAAGGUCCAGGUUCACCGUCUGUCAGCAUUUGGCAGUUAG